CUGAGCCAGAUUCCACGCAAACACAAGUUUGGUGGCGCUCACAUUUCCAACUCACCUGCAAACGUGAUGAAUGUGGGUGUUUGUAUCAGUGGGUGUGUGUGUCACGCAUGACACACGCGGUUCUGCUGAGUCCACUUUCUUGGAAGGCUUGAGUACGAGGCUUUAAUAAUCCUCACUGGUGCAGAGGCGCGGGAAGAGGAGCGCAGUAAGCAUCCAGCAUCCAGGUUACCUCCUAGAAGAAGAAGCGCUCCUGGUCCACGUCAAGACGUCAAGCCAGUCUGCACACAGUUAACAGGGAGGGGACACUUCAAGACAGUUUUGUAUCACUUUCAUUGUUUUUGCUCCAUGGAGCAGGUGUUUUGGUUUUGAGACAUCAAGUCUGAUUUGAAUUCAAAAGUUUAUUUCAAAGUCUUCCUUCGAGACUUGGAAGAUCUUCAAGAGAAAUGGACGCCAGCCCUGGUGCAGGUGGAGGAGUCAUCCUGUACGCGGGCUCCUCCGGAAGCGCCAGCCCCAGCCCGGGCAGCCCCUCAAGUGGGUACCAGACACAGUCACCUUCCUCCCACUCGCAGCCGUCAUCGCCAGAAGAGGUUACCGUCACGGAAAUUGGAGCACUGAAACAGAAGGCGACAGGGUCCCCCUCGCCAACCUCUAAACUGGUGUUCCAGUUCCCGGAGGUCAACAGUGGCUCUCCUCCUGCAGCAGCAGCAACUCCCCACCAUAGCUACCUACAUCCAGUUGCCGGAAAAAGGCCGUGUGGCUUCCCAGGGACGUUCACAAAGAAUGGCGGAAUGGUCCUCCUCUGCAAGGUCUGCGGGGACAUUGCAUCCGGUUUCCACUACGGAGUUCAUGCAUGUGAAGGAUGCAAGGGAUUUUUCCGUCGCAGCAUUCAGCAAAACAUCAACUACAAGAUGUGUGUGAAGAAUGAGAGCUGCCUGAUCAUGCGCAUGAACCGCAACCGGUGCCAGCACUGUCGCUUCAAGAAGUGCCUGUCUGUUGGCAUGUCGAGAGACGCUGUGCGUUUUGGCCGCAUCCCUAAAAGAGAGAAGCAGCGACUUCUGGAUGAAAUGCAGAGCUACAUGAACAGCUUAAAUGAAUCAGCUGCUAUGGACAUGGACCCAUCGUCUGUGAAAGACGCACCCCGCAGCGAAGACGACGGCAGCUCAAGAGAGGCCAUCGGAGCCAUCUCCAGAGCCUACCAUGACAUCUUCAGUGGGAGCAGCCAGGAGAGGACGGCCAAGAGGGCUAAAAUCAGCAAUAACAACAACAACAACAACAACAAUGGCAGCACUUCUCAAAAUGCCACUUUCUCACAACUCGCAGCAAAUCCACAUUUUGGACAAAGUUACCAGUCUUGCCCAGUUGAUGACAACCAAGUUAUGUUCCACAACAUGGACAACGUUCGCUACAAUGACUUGGCGUCAACAAAUCAGAAUCAUCACUCAAGUAGUGUAACCCCUCAAAGAGACAACGCCAAUUUUAUUUGCAAAGCAGGAAAUAUCAGCAGUCCGCCUUCCUGUAACUGGAAGUUACCUCCAGGAGCAAAAGUGCUAGCCUGUCCUCUGAAUGCAUGCCCUAUAUCUGGGGAAGAGCGCACCAGUCAGGAGAUUUGGGAGUCCUUUUCUCAGUGUUUCACCCCUGCUGUCAAGGAGGUGGUAGAAUUCGCCAAGGGCAUCCCGGGAUUUCAGGAGCUUAGCCAGCAGGACCAGGUCAUGCUGCUUAAAUCGGGCACCUUCCAGGUUCUCAUGGUGAGGUUCUGCACCUUGUUCAAUGCCGCUGAACAUACGGUGACCUUCCUGAAUGGCCAAACGUACCCGCUGUCCACUCUGCAGGCUUUGGGCAUGGGGUCCCUACUCGAUGCAAUGUUUGACUUCAGUGAGAAGUUGGGAUCUAUGAGACUCGAGCCUGAUGAAAUGGCCCUCUUCAUGGCCGUGGUGCUGGUCUCCGCAGAUCGUUCUGGCAUCUCAGAUGUACGCACUGUUGAUCAACUACAGGAGGGUCUAAUCCGGGCCCUGCGAUCGCUGAUCACUCGCCGCCGUCCCGAGGACACUUGUCUAUUUCCCAAACUCCUCCUGCGACUGCCGGAUCUCCGUACUCUCAACAAUCUACACUCCGAAAAACUCUUGGCCUUUCGUAUUGAUCCUUGACUGAGCCACUCCACUCACACGUUAUCUUCCAAUCGUGGGAGUUCCUUUGUAAGAGAGGAUUAAAGAAUGGGAAAAAAAAUAGCAAUGAUAUAUUGAAUCCACUAUUCUAUAUUCACGUGUAAACCACACCGCCUCUUUAGAGAUACUAUUCCAGUGAAAAUGUAAAUCAUUGUGCUGAUAUGAUCCUCUUUAUGUCUGGCAUGUACUUAAGGGGAACAGCCUGCAGUUCACCUCUGUUUAUAAAUACUCCACAGACCAUAACAUAUUAUAGACAAACAUUUUUUUUUACUUUAAGGACCAUUAAUGUUGACGAGUUUGUUUUUCAGAGAAAGGGAAUGUCUUUAAAAAAUCUAAAAUAUUGUACUUUAUGUGACUGUUUCACCAUCUGCAGUAAUACUGAAACGAGCCAUUUCAAAUAACUUCACAUUGUAAACAUUGUAUCUGCAUCACUAUAUCACAUCUACUUUGAUGGAAAGGCUCCGUGCAUGUUAGGUUAUGUUGUUGAUUUGUUGAUUUUUCUUACUGUAAAUAUAAUGUCUUAAAGCGACUCGACAGAUAUGAUGGAUGGUAAUUUGCUGAAAAACGGACCUUCCAGUACGAGAUGGGGGGGUUUGGAUUUGGUGUGCUUUGCACGGGGAGAACAUCAUGGUAGGGAUUCUAGAUGCCUGCUGCAUUGAGGUGAUGUAACCAACCAGCAUAAUCCCUGGAAUCACCAGUGGUCACUCCACAUGGACCUGUCCCCUUCCCCCUAAUGUUUGUCAUACAAACUAAAGAGAUAUUAUACUCUAGGGUGGGACAUCUUAUUUGAUUGGUUGUCUCACUUCAUUGAAUAUGGCUGAUGUAUAAGCACUGUUGUAUAUUUUUUAAAUGUUUGUUCUUUAAUAGAAAUUAUAUAAAGUUCAGAUUGUGUAUUAAUUUGCUUGUUGUGUUUGUUUUUGAAACGCAUAGUUUCAUUAAAAGUAUGGCACACUUUUAAAUGAGCUACACCCUUUACUUCAGGGGUGUCCAAACGUUACAACAACAUAAAAAAUGUAAGAAUGUGGCAAAAUGUG